CAGCUGACACCGUCUCUUCGAAAGUGAAGGAUACUGCAGUUGUUUGGGUCACUUUCGCAACACAUUUUAGAAAUGAAAAUGUUCUCCUAAAAUUCAUCACCAACAAAAAGGAUAUUUAACUAAGAGGAAUGUUAAACUGCUGAAAGAGGUGAAGCACAAGCCAUCCUGAAGAAUCUCCAGAACACGCAGAAGUUGUUUGAUACAUUUAACAGACAAAUGAAGCCAAGUCCCAACAUGGAGAAACAGCAGAACUCUGUCAAGAGUUUUACUAAACAGAGUAAUCUCAAAAAACACCAGCGCAUUCACACAGGAGAGAAACUGUAUCACUGCUCAGACUGUGGGAAGAUUUUUACUAAACAAAGUGAUCUCAAAAUACAUCAGCGCAUUCACACAGGAGAGAAACCGUAUCACUGCUCAGACUGUGGGAAGAGUUUUAAUCAAGGCAGUCAUCUCCAACAACACCAGCGCAUUCACACAGGAGAGAAACCGUAUCACUGCUCAGACUGUGGGAAGAGAUUUAUUGAACAGAGUACUCUCAAACGACACCAGCGCAUUCACACAGGAGAGAAACCGUAUUACUGCUCAGACUGUGGAAAGAGUUUUAAUAGACUGGAGACUCUAAAACUGCACCAGAGCAUUCACACAGGAGAGAAACCGUAUUACUGCUCAGACUGUGGGAAAAGUUUUAAUCAACAGAGUACUUUCCAAAUACACCAGCGCAUUCACACAGGAGAGAAACCGUAUUACUGCUCAGACUGUGGGAGGAAUUUUAAUCAUCAGAGUAAUCUCAAAAAACACUGGCGCAUUCACACAGGAGAGAAACCGCAUCAUUGCUCAGACUGUGGGAAGAGUUUUACUACACCGAGUAAACUCAAAAAUCACCAGCGCAUUCACACAGGGGAGAAACCAUAUUACUGCUCAGACUGUGGUAAGAGUUUUAAUCAACAGAAUCAUUUCAAAACACACCAGCGCAUUCACACAGGGGAGAAACCGUAUCACUGCUCAGACUGUGGGAAGAGUUUUACUACACAGAGUGAUCUCAAACGACACCAGCGAAUUCACACAGGAGAGAAAACUAUCCCACAUUUGUCCCACAGCAAUUAAAAGUGCAAAUCGUAAAUCUUUCAGACAGAACACCUUAUCCUACACAAAUGUUUCACUCUGUUACUUGGGACACGUUCCACCAAAAACAAACAUGAACUAAAUUUAAUCAUGGAUUUUACAGGUUCAGCAAAAUGAAUCUUAACCAGGGAUGAUGUUUAUUGAAUUCCAUGUUGUGUUUUCUCGUAUGUUUAAUAUUCCAGGACAUUCUUUGUGAGACAGAGUUCAGUUCUGAAGAAGGAGAGGUAUUUUGGGUUUGAGUGAUGGACACUGAGAGCUCCCAAAAGUGAGACCCAGAGCCACAGAGAGACGACACUGUGCCGGGUACUGCCGUGUGGACCGGAGGAGCAUCCAGACCCUGCAGAGAGGCCAACAAAAUCCUUUCCAGAGGUUAAAUAAAAUGGUCAGCUGUAGUUCCCAAACUGAAAUCAACCUCCUCCAGGCUUGUGUAGCGCUGUAAGGUUGCAGGCUCAUUCACUCCCUCUGAUGGUGUUCUCGUUUGUCUAUGGUUCAGUCGUUCUGAUUAAAAAUCUGUUACCAUAGAGAGAUAUAGAUGGAUAUUUGGUCGUUGUAUUACUCAAGUUUUAUACUCACUUAUCUUUUUCUUAUUGAAUAUUAUAUGUUGCUGAAGUUUUUUAAAUCUACAAAUUUACUAAGAAUAUCCAAAUCAUGUGGUUUUUAAUUGUUUUUAUCCACUGCAAACUAUUAUCUUUGUAUGGCUUAACCUCUAUAUUUACUCAUCUGUUUGUUUUAAUAAACGGCUUUUAGAUUGCA